UUUCUAAUUUAUAUGGAAACUUUAAAAAUUGUUAACUCGUAAACCGUACUUCUACCGUCUUCGCAACUUAAAAUUUUGCAAAAAGUUUUUUAUUUAGGAGCACUAUAUACAAAAAAAUUGUGAACUUCGAAAUCGACGGACCACAAAGGAAAGCUUAGCCUAAAUUAAUUACAAUCUGAGGUAGGCAAAGAAUCUGUACUACCUGUUGGUGGGAUAUUGCCUCCGGACCCGGCAGACUCCGAACAUGUUCAGUGUAUAUAAUCUCUGCUCCGAACUACUGGGGUAUCUCGAUACACUAGCGGCACCGCCUCGGCGGCCUUAUUGGCAACCGUACUCAGGUGAUUAGUGUUUCAGAACCUUUAUUUCGCCUCGAAGACUCCGUUGGACGGGAGUCCUUGGGGUAAGGUGCGUCUGGUUGCAGUGUUAACGCGGUAACCUCAUGACCUGGCCCUGGUUCUGACCUCGAAGGGGAUAAGACGCUUGGAAGAAAGUGUUGGGGAGUCGCUUAGUGGGUAGGGCCCUAAAUACCAUCAUUGGGCCCGAGCCCACUCACACAAACAAGCCUCUUUCAAUUUCCGAACGAUAAUAUGGCUAACAAAAAAAAUCAUGAAUUUGAAAUUAGAAUACAAAUAGUGUAUGUGCUAUGCUUCCUUUGCCUAGGCAAUCCCUAAUAAAGAAAAAAGCGUAUUCUUUCAUAAAAUUUUAUUGUUAUGACAUUUGAAAAUUUGAAAUUAUGGCUGAUAUAGACAUUCGAGAUCUGAGAAAGCAGUGUAUUCAAAGCUUAAUCUCGACUGCGGAAAAUGUCGCUAAAUAUUUGCAAGAGGACAAGGAAGACAAUUAUGAAAAACUUAAGAUGUACAUGGAAAACUACUGCUUAUUGGAAAUAGAACAAGAAGUUGCUGAGCAGGUUUUAGAGGCAGCAAAGGCAGAUACUAACAUAUCAAACAUAAAUACACUCCAAGAAAGAUUCGAGGAUGGCCUGAAAACUCUUUCACAGAACAGAAUUAAUCCUAACAGCCAUAGAUACAUGCAAGAAUUAAAGACUAGAUAUGAAAGUGGAUUACAAAGUGUAUCUUCAUCAGGACUUACAGAAAACCUGAAUGAAUCUGAUAUAGCUAUUGUCCAAACAAAUGAGCAGUUUCUAGAUCCAAUUACCAAAAAACAUAUAUCAGAUCCAGUGAAGAAUACAAUGUGUGGCCAUGUGUAUGAAAGAGAGACUAUUUUGAAUCUCAUAAGAAGGAAGCAUAGAAUCAGAUGUCCAGUUGCGGGAUGUGCCAAUCCAGAAAGCAUUCAAGAAAACCAUCUAUUGGAAGAUGAAGAAUUGAGAUUUAGAUUAUCAUUGUCGCAACACUCGACCAUGAUACAUUAAGUUCAUUUAAUAAUAUAAUAAAUGUGAAUUGACAAAAAAGGGUA